AAAACAGGGGGGGAGAGCAGAUUCCCCCCUCCCCCCUCUCCUCUCCCAUCCCUCCCCCUUCCUCCUCCCUUUGAGUUAACAAGGCCCCGCUCACUAUAUCUCUUUAUAUUAAAAAUAUAUAUAUUAGAGAAGAGCGAGGGAGAGGGAGAACCACCUCCGCCCCCUCUUUUUUUUUUUUUUUUUUUAUUUUUUUGCAAGGAUCCCAAGAGCUAAGGUGGCUGCAGAGGGGAGAGCGGCGCGAGCCAAGUGGGGGGAGGGUGGAGGAAACCCGGGAGAAGGCUUUCUCCAGCCCCCAAAGUUUUGAUGAUGACCAUGACUACGAUGGCUGACGGCUUGGAAGGCCAGGACUCGUCCAAAUCCGCCUUCAUGGAGUUCGGGCAACAACAGCAGCAGCAGCAGCAGCAGCAGCAGCAGCAACAGCAGCAGCAGCAGCCGCCGCCGCCGCCGCCGCACUCGCAGCAGAGCUCCCCGGCCAUGGCAGGCGCGCACUACCCUCUGCACUGCCUGCACUCGGCGGCGGCGGCGGCGGCGGCGGCCGGCUCGCACCACCACCACCACCAGCACCACCACCACGGCUCGCCCUACGCGUCGGGCGGCGGCAACUCCUACAACCACCGCUCGCUCGCCGCCUACCCCUACAUGAGCCACUCGCAGCACAGCCCUUACCUCCAGUCCUACCACAACAGCAGCGCGGCCGCCCAGACGCGAGGGGACGACACAGAUCAACAAAAAACCACAGUGAUUGAAAACGGGGAAAUCAGGUUCAAUGGAAAAGGGAAAAAGAUUCGGAAGCCUCGGACCAUUUAUUCCAGCCUGCAGCUCCAGGCUUUAAACCAUCGCUUUCAGCAGACUCAGUACCUGGCCCUUCCCGAGAGAGCUGAACUGGCAGCUUCCUUAGGACUGACACAAACACAGGUGAAGAUAUGGUUUCAGAACAAACGCUCUAAGUUUAAGAAACUGCUGAAGCAGGGCAGUAACCCGCAUGAGAGCGACCCUCUCCCGGGCUCAGCGGCCCUGUCGCCGCGCUCCCCGGCGCUGCCUCCGGUGUGGGACGUUUCCGCCUCGGCCAAGGGUGUCAGUAUGCCUCCCAACAGCUACAUGCCUGGCUAUUCGCAUUGGUACUCCUCUCCACACCAGGACACGAUGCAGAGACCACAGAUGAUGUGAGUUGUCCGAGGGAAAUCGAAACCCUAGGAAACGUCUGAACAAGGCAAGGAGGAUCCAGGACCUGCUUGCAUCUGCCAAAUCGAGCCGAAGGAGCAGGCUCGGGAGAACUUUUGUGUGUGGCGAGACCGUCUGGGCGCUUGCUCGCUCACUCGCUCUCUAUCCCUCCUUCCCUCUCCCUCUGUCUUCUGUCUCUCACUCUUCCCUUUCUUUUCCUCCUUCCUUCCCACUUUUCUUUUUUCCUUUCCUUUCCUCAUCUUCCUUUUCCCUUGAGCAGCCUCAGUAAUUGAUCUUGCAUUUAGGGAGAGUGAAAGAGAGAGAGAGAGAGACUGAUUUCUAUGCCAGCGCUCCUGAAACCCCUCACUGUAAGGACAUUUUCCCUGACCCCUUGGGAUCCAGGCUGUGAGCCUCUUCUUCUCUUUGGGAAUAUCCAUCAAAACGACUUUUUUUACAGACGUUUUUCCCCACCAGAAGAAUCUGUGCAAACAUGGCAGCAUUUUUACUUGUUUAAUGAGCUUAAGACAUUACAUGAUGCAAGAGAAGCAUUUUGGACUCCUGCAUUUUUAUUUACCAAUCCCAGACUGACCAAAAAAAAAAAAAAGAGAGAGAGGGAGAAAAAAAAAGAAAAAACCUUCACGUAACAGCCCUUCUCUAAAGAAAAAGGAAAAAUUGGCUGUAAGAUUAGAACAUUGCCACAAAGGGAGCGCUGCAUGUUUUAUCAAAAUGCAAUGAUCAAGAAUGAUGAUUUAAAAAACAAUAAACAAAAACCACUCUUUCCCCACCCCCACCCCUACACCCUGAACUGGAAUCAGGAAAGACAGAGGAAACAACCAAAAUCACCGUUCUAUUGCUUUGAUACCUUUACUAGGUGAAUUGGUGGCAUUCACUAAGCUAAUAGGGACAUUUAUAUGGAGAAACAUUUCUGUAUAUAUUGUUGAAUUUUAGUUGUACAUAUACUUUGUAUGUUUUUGUCUUCUUUCAUAUAUGGAGUAAAAGCCACAAAAUGCU